GGGGAUGUCAUUUUGAAAGUUGCAUAUGUUUUGCCGGCACCCGCUCCGCUGCUUUUCCGCUGACUGACUGCUCGUAGCAAAUUAGAUUAUUCCCGUGGAAAAUUGAAUUAUCAUCGUCGGAGGAAAACUGAAGUCACCUCACGUUGAGUCAGCUUUGAACCACCACCAAGAACAGUCGAAAAUCUGUUAAUUUUACCAUGACCACCUGGUUGCCACUGGAAUCGAACCCAGAUGUUCUCAACAAAUACCUGGAAAAGCUGGGCGUUUCGCCGCUGUGGAACAUCGUGGACAUUUACAGCAUGGACGAUGACGCGCUGGCCUUUGUCCCGAGCCCGCUGAAGUCGCUGAUUUUCCUGUUUCCCUGUUCCGAUGUGUACGAAGAGUUCCGCGCCAAGGAGGACGCCGAGCUGAAGGCAAAGAACAUCGAACAUCCGAAGGACCUGUUCUAUCUGAGGCAGUACGUGCACAAUGCUUGCGGCACCAUCGCCCUGGUCCACGCCGUUCUCAACAAUCCGGACAUCGAACUGACCGAGGGUUCCGUCAUGAAGAAGUAUCUGGAUGGCGCCCGCGAUCUCAGCCCGGAGGAGCGUGGCAAGCUGCUGGAGAAUGACGCCGGGUUCACCGAGACGCACGAAUCGGUGGCCAACGAGGGUCAAACGGCCGCGCCGGACAUUAACGAGAAGGUGUACCACCACUUUGUGGCCUUUGUUCACCACGGCGGAAAGCUGUACGAGCUGGACGGGCGCAAGAACUUCCCCGUGGAGCAUGGAGCAACCACGCCGGACAGUCUGCUCAAGGAUGCCAUCGGCGUUUGCAAACAAUACAUCGCACGCGACCCGACGGAAGUUCGCUUCACACUGAUGGGGCUGACUCCCAGUAAAACCACCCACCUUUAACCGAAAUUGCUGCAAAUUGGCCAUAAACAGACGGAUCUCGAAGCGCCAUUUCAGAGAGAAAUCAUCUCCUAAUCAAACUUAACAACUCAAGGAAUCGGAAGAACAAAAAAGUCUGUCUUUACUAUUUAAAUACAACAAAUUUGGACUCGUAUAUAUCAUCGCGCGCAAGCACCACCGCUGCCGGCUUUUUGUGAAAACUUGUUGCUUUUUAACACACCCAACGGCGCGCUCUUAACGUGUCGUGAAAUUGGAAAGCAAACUGAACUGGAAUAAUGGGCAUUUUUUCGAUGUGAAAGCUUUACGAACAAUAUUUAUAUCAAUAAAAUUGAAUUCUGGCAAGAACGA